CCAUCAUAUUCAAAAGCUAGCGUGUAUCUCUCGCUUUCACUUUCUUUUGUAUCUGCCCUUUCUUUUAUGUCUUUGUAUGUAUCUUUUUCAUUCACUUACUUUUACUCCAUCUCUGUCCCAAAAAAUAAAAAGGCUGAAAUCAUAAUUUCUCUGAGUUGUCCAUCAUCUCUUUCAUAAUUUCCUAAUUCAAUGGGAAAUAAUAAGAAAGGAUCACCAUCUUCUUCUUCAUGGUUGACUGCUGUUAAAAGAGCUUUUAGAUCUCCUAUUAAAGACCCUCAAAAGAAAAAGCAAAUUAAAACAAGAAAUGAGAUCAGUGAAGUUGAUGAAGACGAAGAAGAAAAGAAGAAGGAAAAGCGAAAGUGGCUUUUCAGGAAGCCUACCACACACCAGACUCCGCUUACUAAAGUAGAGAAUGAUGACGUGUUCGCUCCUCCUACUGCACGAAGAGCGGACGAGAGGCAUGACGCCAUUGCUGCAGCUGCGACAAAUGCUACAGCUGCAGCUCAGGCUGUAGCUGCGACAGCACAGGCAGCUGUUGAGGUGGUUCGACUGGCCAAACCUCCUGUUUCUAGAUUCGAUACAUCUUUUUAUUCGGGGGAUAUGGAGCAUCAGGCGUCUACUAUAAUUCAAACAGCUUUCAGGGGAUAUCUGGCAAGAAGGGCUCUAAAAGCACUAAAAGGUCUAGUCAAAUUGCAAGCUUUGGUGAGAGGUCACAAUGUUAGAAAACAAGCAAAGAUGACUCUCAGAUGUAUGCAAGCUCUUGUUAGAGUUCAAGCGCGGGUACUGGACCAGCGAUUUAGGCAAUCUCAAGAAGGAAGUAGAAAAUCAACAUUUAGUGACACCAGUAGCAUGUGGAAUUCCCAGUAUCUUCAAGAUAUCUCAGAUAGAAAAUCAAUGUCACGAGAUGGAAGCAGCAUUCCUGAUGAUUGGGAUGAAAGGCCUCACACCAUUGAAGAGGUAAAAGCAAUGCUGCAAAAAAGAAAAGAAGCUGCCUUGAAACGUGGAAGGACCUUAUCCGAUGCCUUUUCUCAGCAGACAAGGAGAACAGGCAGAAACUCCUCGAUAGGCAGUGAUGCGGAUUUUGGAGAAAAACAUCCAUGGAUGGACCGGUGGACGGCUGCAAAACCAAGGGACAGUAGUAAGGGCAGAGCAUCAACUGAUCAGAGUACUGAUCCCGUUAAAACUGUUGAAAUGGAUACAUCUCAACCUUAUUCGUAUUUACCUCCUAAUCUAAGAAGAUCAGACGAACGACAACAUCAGCAUUACCAACGACCAAGUUCACCCCUUCAUAGAACUCAAAAAAAUAACUCUUUUCAAUUCCCUGUUACACCUUCUCCAUCCAAAACGAGACCAAUUCAAGUCCGUUCUGCUAGUCCUCGGUGUACAAGAGACGAAAGAAGUCACAUCGCAGUUCAAACACCAAGCCUGAGGCCUAAUAAUAGCUACUCCUUGAACGGUAGCUCACACCAAUGUAACAGGCUAACUUCCGGUGCUGCAGCAAUUCCUAAUUACAUGGCUGCAACCGAGUCUGCUUUGGCACGAAUUCGUUCGCAAAGUGCCCCACGACAGAGGCCUUCAACCCCAGAGAGGGAUCGAGCUGGAUUAGCUAAAAAACGACUCUCUUUCCCUGUCCCUGACCGUUAUGGCAAUGUCACGUUAGGCCAUGGACCAGGGUAUGAAAACAGUCUUAGGAGUCCAAGCUUUAAGAGUCUUGGCGGAGUACAUUUUGGCUAUGAACAACAAUCUAACUAUUCUUCUUGUUACACGGAGAGUCUUGGAGGUGAUAUCUCUCCAUCCUCAACUAGCGAUUUGCGAAGGUAUUUAAGAUGACCAAAGGGCAAAAAUAAGGUGAUCAAUGUACAUGCUAAUUAUGCAUAUUGUAACUGUAAUGCCUUUUCCUGCUUGUUUGUUUUUUAGCUUUGUUUGGAGUGUGAUUUUCUUCUGACUUGAUGUGCUAGUCAAAGCAUAUUGUAACUAGUUUUUGAAGCAUUGUUUAGUGAAAUAGCAUCUAUCUCAAUCAAUGUUAUAGGGCUAAUUUUGAUGGGAUUCAA